AUGCAUGAAGCAAGUUGUGACCACAUCAAUAACAUGAAUAAAUGGAUAGAAAUGGAAUUAAGAUUUGAAAAGAGUAAAACAAUUGACAAAAGUGUGCAAGAACAAAUCAAUAGAGAUAGAGAACAUUGGAGACAAGUAUUAUUGAGAAUAAUAUUUGUGGUGAAAACUCUUGCUGAGAAUAAUUUAGAAUUUCGUGGGGACAAUGAGAAGAUAUAUCAAGAAAAUAAUGAUACAAGUCACGAAGAACAAAUGUCAAUGAUAUUGAGGUGUGUAGAUAUUUCGACAAGUCCAUUGAAGGUUGAAGAAUUCUUUUUAGGGUUUUUAUUAGUGGAUAAUACAUCAGGUAAGGGGCUUUUUGAGGAAUUGGUGGCUACUUUGAAUAAUCUAGAACUUGAUAUUGAUAAUGUAAGGGGUCAAGGCUAUGAUAAUGGUGCUAACAUGAAAGGACAACAUAAAGGAGUUCAAAGUAGACUAUUACAACUAAAUCCUAGAGCAUUUUACAUUCCUUGUGGAUGUCAUGGUCUUAAUCUUGCACUUUGUGAUAUGGCCACUUGUUGUUCAAAGGCUAAAUCUUUCUUUGGGGUGGUGCAACGUAUAUAUACUUUAUUUUCUUCAUCUACUAAACGAUGGAAAGUUUUCAAAGAGAAUGUAAUUGGUCUUACCCUUAAGCCUUUGUCACAAGCUCGUUGGGAAAGCCAUAUUGAAAGUGUUAGAGCGAUAAGAUUUCAAGCUCCGCAGAUAAAAAAAGCGUUACUUCAAUUAGCAAAUGUUGAUGAUCCUAAGACAAAAAGUGAGGUGGAAGUAAGCAAACAAUUGCAAGCAGAAGACAUGCAUAUUGAUGUUGCUAUAGACCAUUUAAAAGGCCUCAGUUCAUUUUUCAAAAGUUAUAGAGAAUUUGGUUUUGAAUCGGCCAUGGUUGAUGUUAAAGAGAUUGCAAUUGAUCAAGCUCUAUCAUCGCUUCAGAAUAGAUUUGAGCGAUUUCAGAAAUAUGAUGAUAUUUUUGAAUUUUUGCUUAAUUUGAAAAGACUUAAAUCUAUUGAUGAUGAUGUUUUGAAGUGGAAGCAAUAUCUAAUAACUGCAAAAAAUUUGGGAGCAAUUGAUGUAUUGGAUUACAUUAAGAAAAUGAACUGUUGUUAUGCAAAUGUCUGGAUUGCUUAUAGAGUAUUAUUGACUAUUCCUGUCACAGUUGCCUCUGCCGAAAGAAGUCUUUCAGAGUUGAAGUUGAUUAAGUCUUAUCUUCGAUUAUCCAUGUCACAAGAGCGAUUAAAUGGAUUAGCUUUGAUUUCUAUUAAAAAAAUAUGUUAG